AAAGAAUCAUUUAAUACUUCAACAAAUAUUUUAGAAUCUAAUAAUGAUAAUGGAUCAUAUGAUUAUGUGUCUAAUAUUUUAAAUAAUUAUUAUAACCAAAAUGAAUUAUAUAAUCAAAUUGAACUAUCAUUAUAUAAUUAUAAUUUAAAUAAUUCUUUUUUAGAUGAUUUCGAAUCUAGGCUUAAUUUAGAAGAUUCUAUGAUAUCUGAUAAUUAUUAUUCACAAAGUUCUUUAGAAGAUUUAAAGACAAAUAAAACUCAGCUCAAAAUUAUUGAAUUAGAUGAUGAUAAUUUGAAUAAUGAUUUAGAUUCAAGCAACAAUAUAAUAGAUUCAUAUAAUAAUAUAAUGAGUUCACAAGAAACUAUUAUAAUUAGUAGUAAUUCAGAAAGCCAGUCUUAUCGUUAUACAGCUCAAAAAAAAGAAAAAUAG